UUUGCUGCCUAAGAAUUACCAACACAUCCUGGCCUUGGUAUUUGCAGUGAAGGAGAUCAAUGAAAAUCCUCAUCUCUUACCCAAUCUCACCCUGGGCUUCCACAUCUAUGACAGUCACUAUAGUGCACGGAAGACCUGCCAGGCCACAAUGUUACUGCUUUACAACCUGAAGACCUUUGUUCCUAACUACAUCUGUGGCAUCCAGAAUAAUCUGACAGCAGUGAUUGGCGGACUUGACUCCAAAACCUCCACUGAAAUUGCAAAUAUCUUGGACAUCUACAAGGUUCCACAGUUUCGACACAGAACAAGAGUAGAUGUAGCGAGCUUGAACCUUCAUAAUCAAGUUGUUUGGCAGGUCCAUCACUUCUUGAAAGGCCUUUCAUUUAAUAAUAGUGCUGGGGAUGAGGUUUUUCUUGAUGCCAAUGGUGAAUUAUUAGCUGGUCUGGAUGUAAUGAACUGGAUUGUUUUUUCAAACCAAUCCUUUGUUAGAGUGAAAGUUGGGAAGGUAAUUUCUGGAUUUCCCACAGACCAGACCUUCACCAUUAAUAAAGAUGCCAUCACUUGGCACAGCUGGUUUAACCAGUCUCAGCCUCUUUCAGUGUGUAGUGAGAAUUGCCGUCCUGGUUCCAGCAAGAAAGUGAAGGAAGGGGAACCCUUUUGCUGCUACGACUGCGUCCCGUGCCCAGAUGGGAAGAUUUCAGAGAAGGAGGAUAGUAAAGAAUGCUACACUUGCAAUGAUGGAAGCUAUCCAAACACCAAUCAGGAUUCCUGCAAUCCUAAGGAUGUCGUAUUUUUGACCUAUGAAGAACCUCUGGGGAUCAGUUUAGCCUUCUUUGCUCUUUUCUUUUCUUUGCUCUCAGCCUUUGUGCUUGGAAUCUUUGUGAGGAAACACAACACUCCCAUUGUGGUAGCCAAUAACCGAGACCUCACCUACGUUCUCCUCACCUCCCUCCUGCUCUGCUUCCUUUCGGCACUCCUCUUCAUUGGCCGUCCCAACACAGUGAUCUGUCUCCUCCGACAAGUUGCUUUUGGCAUCUCCUUCUCCGUGGCUGUUUCUUCAGUGUUGGCAAAAACAGUCACCGUGGUUCUGGCUUUCCUGGCCACCAAGCCAGGAUCCAGGAUGAGAAUGUUUGUGGGAAAGAGAUUCUCCAACUCCCUGGUCAUUCCCUGCUCUCUUCUUAAAACAGCCAUUUGUAUGUUAUGGCUGGCAACCUCUCCGCCAUUCCCAGAGUUUGACAUGCGCUCAGUGGUUGAAGAAAUUGUCCUGCAGUGUAAUCAGGGAUCUGAGACCAUGUUCUAUUGUGUCCUCACCUACAUGGGCUUCUUGGCUGUUAUUAGUUUCAUAGUUGCAUUCUUGGCCAGGAAGUUACCUGACACUUUCAAUGAAGCCAAGUUCAUCACGUUCAGCACGUUGGUCUUCUGCAGCGUGUGGCUCUCCUUCGUUCCAACCUACCUGAGCACUAAAGGGAAAUACAUGGUGGCUGUGGAGAUAUUUUCUAUCUUAACCUCUAGUGCUGGUUUGUUGGGCUGCAUCUUUUUUCCCAAAUGUUAUAUCAUUUUGUUCAAGCCCAGCCUUAACUGCAGGGAACACCUAAUGAAUAGAAAACAGGAAUGA